AUGUCUGCCAUUGUCACAAUAGAGAGGAAGAGGAGUGGUGUUUGUGAGGAUGAGCAGCUGUCCUGCUGUGCUUUGUGUCAGGAUGUCCUGAAGGAUCCAGUCUCUACCAGCUGUGGACACUGGUUCUGCAGACAGUGCAUCUCCUCAUACUGGGACCAGUCUGCUUCAUCGGGAGACUCCUCCUGUCCCCAGUGUGGAGAAAGAUCCAGAAGCAGAGCUGGACUGCAGACAGCCAGUCAGAGCAGCUGUGUACAAACAGAUGUUGGUCUGCAGGAGGUUUUAGAUGAACAUAAGAUCAGUCUGAGGAGGAGAUGUGAACGUGUGACUGAAGGAAGUGAUGAAACAGGAAGUAGAACCCUCCUCAAUAGGAUCUACACUGAGCUCUACAUCACAGAGGGACAGAGUGAAGAGGUUCAUACCCAACAUGAGGUGAGGCAGCUGGAGACAGCUUCCAAGAUGGACGCCCUCUAUGACACUCCAAUCAGGUGCCAGGACAUCUUUAAAGCCUUACCUGACCAACAGAGACCCAUCAGAGUGGUUCUGACCAACGGCGUGGCUGGUGUUGGAAAAACCUUCUCAGUGCAGAAGUUCACUCUGGACUGGGCAGAGGACUUGGAGAACCAACAUGUCAGUGUGGUGGUUCUGCUUUCAUUCAGGGAGCUGAACCUGAUCAGAGAUGAGCAGUACAGUCUUCUGGAGCUGCUCCAUGUUUUCCAUCCAACAUUACAGAAGGUCACAGCAGAGAAGCUGGCUGUCUCUCAGCUUUUGUUCAUCUUUGACGGCCUGGAUGAAAGCAGACUUUCAUUGGAUUUCACCAACAGGAAGCUGCUAUCUGAUGUCAGACAGAAGUCAUCAGUCAGCCAGCUGCUGACAAACCUCAUCCAGGGGAAUCUGCUUCCCUCGGCUCUCGUCUGGAUAACUUCCCGACCUGCAGCAGCCAAUCAGAUCCCUCCUACAUGUGUUGACAGGCUAACAGAAGUACGAGGCUUCACUGACGCCCAGAAGGAGGAGUACUUUAGGAGGAGAUUCAGUGAUGAAGAGCUGUCCAGCAGAAUCAUCUCCCACAUGAAGACAUCCAGGAGCCUCCACAUCAUGUGUAGUAUCCCAGUCUUCUGCUGGAUCACUGCUACAGUUCUGGAGCACAUGUUGACUACAGAGCAGAGAGGAGAGCUGCCCAAGACCCUGACUGACAUGUACUCACACUUCCUGCUGGUUCAGACAAAGAGGAAGAAGAACAAGUACCAUGAGGGACAUGAGACGAGUCCACAGGAGCUGACGGAGGCUGACAGGGAAGUUCUUCUGAAGCUGGGGAGGCUGGCGUUUGAACAUCUGGAGAAAGGAAACAUCAUGUUCUACCAAGAAGACCUGGAGCAGUGUGGUCUGGAUGUCACAGAGGCCUCGGUGUACUCAGGAGUUUGUACAGAGAUCUUCAAAAGAGAGUGUGUGAUCUUCCAGAAACCAGUCUACUGCUUUGUUCAUCUGAGCAUUCAGGAGUUUCUGGCUGCAGUCUACAUGUUCCACUGUCACUCCAACAGGAAGACAGAGAGAGCCAUGAAGAAAUCCCUCCAGAGUAAAAAUGGCCACCUGGACCUGUUUGUUCGCUUCCUUCAUGGCCUCUCUCUGGAGUCCAACCGGAGACUCUUAGGAGGUCUGCUGGGUCAGACAGAGAUCAGUCCAGAAACCAUCCAGAGAGUCAUCAACAACCUGAAGAAGAUGGACAGUGAUGAAAUCUCUCCUGACAGAAGCAUCAACAUCUUCCACUGUCUGAUGGAGAUGAACGACCUCUCAUUAUUUCAGGAUAUCCAAGAGUUCGUGAAGUCAGAGAACAGAUCAGAGAAGAAACUCUCUGAGAUCCAGUGCUCAGCUCUGGCUUUCAUGCUGCAGAUGUCAGAGGAGGUUCUGGAUGAGUUGGACCUGCAGAAGUACAACACAUCAUUCUGGGGACUACGUAGACUGAUUCCAGCUGUAAGGAACUGCAGAAAGGCUCAACUGACUAAGUGUGCACUCUCAGAGACUCACUGUAAAGUUGUGGCCUCAGCUCUGAAGUCAAACCCCUCCCACCUGACAGAGCUGGACAUGAGUCUGAAUGACCUGUAUGAUUCAGGCGUGAAGCUUCUUUGUGCUGGACUGGAGAGUCCCAACUGUCGACUGGAGACUCUGAGAUUGAAGGGCUGUGGUUUGUCAAAGAUCAGAUGUGAUUAUCUGGCAGCAGCGCUGAAGUCCAACCGCUCCCAUCUGAGAGAGUUGGACCUGAGUUUCAACAACAACCUGAAGGAUUCAGGAGUGAAGCAGCUGUGUCGUUUUCUGGAGAGUCCAAGAUGUGAACUUGAAACUCUAAGAUUGAGUUUCUGUGGUUUGUCAAAGUUCAGCUGUGAUUCUCUGGCAGCAGCACUGAGGUCCAACCCCUUCCAUCUGAGAGAGCUGGACCUGAGUGGAAACUACAGCCUUACGGAUUCAGAUGUGAAGCAGCUGUCUGAUCUUAAGGAGAGUCCAGACUGCAGACUGGCGAGUCUGGUGUGGAGCCGAUGA